CUCCCUAUAAAAUGUCUUUUGAAAUCCUCGGAAACACUUCACCGUCUACCCUCUCUCUCUCUAUCUCUCUCUCUCUGGAAAAGAAAGCUUCGGAUCGAGAACAGGGGAGAAACCGUUGAAGAGACAAGAUGAAUGACCUAAUGACAAAAUCCUUCAUGAGCUAUGUGGACUUGAAGAAAGCAGCCGUUAAGGAUCUGGAAGCCGGACCCGACUUCGAUCUAGAAAUGGCAUCAGCUAAAUCGAACAACAUUGAUGAAAACCUUGGACUGUUCCUUGAAGAAGCCGAGAAAGUGAAGCAAGAAAUGGGUUUGAUCUGUGAAACCCUAACCAGGAUCCAGCAGUACAACGAAGAGAGCAAAUCUGUGCAUAAGUCGGAGUCUCUGAAAUCUCUGCGGAACAAGAUCAACAAUGAAAUCGUCUCGGGUCUCAGGAAGGCAAAAACCAUAAAAUCCCAGCUCGAAGAGAUGGAUCGGGCAAAUGCUGCGAAUAAGAGGCUGUCUGGUUGCAAAGAGGGGACUCCGGUUUACAGAACAAGAAUUGCAGUCACCAAUGGCUUGAGGAAGAAGUUAAAGGAGCUGAUGAUGGACUUUCAAGGGUUGAGACAGAAGAUGAUGACAGAGUACAAGGAGACUGUCGAGAGAAGGUACUUCACAGUGACUGGAGAAAACCCGGAUGAGGAAAUCAUCGAAAAGAUCAUCAAUGAUAGCAAUGGAGGCGAAGAGUUUCUCACGAGAGCAAUCCAGGAACAUGGUAGAGGAAAGGUGUUGGAAACUGUUGUCGAGAUUCAAGACAGGUAUGAUGCGGCCAAGGAGAUAGAGAAGAGUCUGUUGGAGCUUCACCAGGUGUUUCUGGACAUGGCGGUCAUGGUUGAGGCACAGGGGGAACAAAUGGAUGAGAUCGAGCAUCAUGUGAUGAACGCUGGCCAUUACGUGAAGGACGGGGCCAAAGAGCUGAAGACGGCAAAGGAUUACCAGAGAAACAGCAGGAAAUGGAUGUGCAUUGGCAUAAUCAUACUGCUGCUGAUCGUUCUUGUUGUGGUCAUCCCAAUUGCUACCAGUUUCAGCAGUUCUUGAAACGUUUUGAUCUGUCUGCUCCCGAAAGAGGAUGUCUAAUCCUUUGUUUGAUCACUCUGCCUUUGUACUUCUCUCCCCAAAUCUCUCUAUAUUCUACAUUUGAUUUGGAAUGUUCAGUAAUUUGGUCUGAAAAAUCUGACCCAUCUGAUCCAAACAGAAGUUUCUGUA